AUGGCUUCGUCCGGGGCGCUGGCCGGACUGGCCGCCGAACUCCCCGGCCCACGGGUCAUCCCGAACCCGGACACGGACUCCGACACGGACUCGGAGGAGCCGAGCCUCCGACGCAGCGCGGGAGGGCUGCUCCGUUCGCAGGUCAUCCACAGCGGUCACUUCAUGGUGUCGUCGCCCCACAGCGACUCACUGACCCGGCGGCGCGACCAGGAGGGACCCUUGGGACUCACUGACUUCGGGCCGCGCAGCAUCGACCCCACACUCACCCGCCUCUUCGAGUGCAUGAGCCUGGCCUACAGUGGCAAGCUGGUCUCUCCCAAGUGGAAGAAUUUCAAAGGCCUCAAGCUGCUCUGCAGAGACAAGAUUCGCCUCAACAAUGCCAUCUGGAGGGCCUGGUAUACCCAGUAUGUGGAGCGGAGGAAGAGCCCCGUGUGUGGCUUCGUGACUCCCCUGCAGGGGCCAGAGGCUGAUGAGCACCGGAAGCCAGAGGCGGUGGUCCUGGAGGGGAAUUAUUGGAAGCGGCGCAUCGAAGUGGUGAUGCGAGAGUACCACAAGUGGCGCAUCUACUACAAGAAGCGGCUCCGUAAGUCCAGCAGGGAAGGUGAUCUCCUGGCCCCCAAGCAGGCGGAGGGGGGGUGGCGGCCGCCGGAGCGAUGGUGCGAACAGCUCUUCUCCAGCAUGAUGCCCGUGCUGCUGGGGGCCCCCGAGGAGGAGCCCAGUGGGCGGCAGCUCCUGGACCUCGACUCCUUCUUGUCCGACAUCUCCGACACACUCUUCACCAUGACUCAGCCCGGCCCUGCGCCCCUGCAGCUGGCCCCCGAGGAUGCCUACGUCGGCAACGCUGACAUGAUCCAGCCAGACCUGACGCCGCUGCAGCCCAGCCUGGAUGACUUCAUGGAGAUAUCAGAUUUCUUCACCAGCUACCUCCCACCACCGACACCCACGCCUUCAAAUUUCUCAGAGCCCUCCAGCCUCGGCCUCAUGGCUGACCCCUUCUUCAACAGUGGCGUCCCGAGCCCGGAGGUGCCUCCUGUGACCCCAUCCGGCAUGGCCCACCUCUCAGGCAACCGCUUACAGGCUCGGAACAGCUGCCCUGGCCCCUUGGAGCCCACUACCUACCUGAACUCAGAUAUCAUCCUUCCUGAAGACCUCAAGUCCAAGCUUCCGCCCCCUCCCUCAUUCUCAGCCUUCCCCCACUAUCCCACCCAAACCAAAGUGCCAGGCCUGGAGCCAGCCCGCUUCCCUCCCGUGCCUCCAGCCCCUGCUUUGCUGCGAGAAGAGCCCCUCUUUUCUCCCAGGUUUCCAUUCGCUCUUGCCCCUCCAGCCACAGGAGUGUCCCCACUGGCUGCACCCACAGCCUUCCCACCCAGCCCGCAGCCUGGCUCAGGCCGUGCCCCGUCCUCCUUCCCAUGUGAACUUCUGCCUUCAGGGUAUCCGGAGCCUAUUUUGGGGCCUAGGUUUGCAGUGCCCAGGGGCAUGCGACCCAAAGGCAAGCCCCCCACCCAGUGUCCUAGAAGGCAGAAGUCCAGGCCCCCCACAUUGGCCACUGCCACUGCCAGUCCUCCUGCUGCUGCCGGAGGGCCCAACCCCUGCCUCACACAGCUGCUCACAGCAGCCAAGCCUGAGCAAGCUCUGGACCCGCUUCUUGUGUCCAGCGCCCUCCACCAGUCCCCAGGGUCCCCGCAGGAGACGGUCCCUGAAUAUCCCUGCACCUUCUUUCCCUCCACCCCGGUGCCUCCACCACCUCGGCCACCUCCAAGGCCAGCCACACUGGCCCCUCCCAGGCCCCUGAUUGUCCCCAAAGCAGAGCGGCUGUCACCCCCAGCACCCAGUGGCGGUGAGAGAAGGCUCUCUGGAGAGCUCAGUACCGUCCCAGGCCUCGGAAGUCUGAGCAUCUGCGUUUCUCCCACUCAAGCCAUCCUAAGCCGGGGGCGACCAGACAGCAAGAACGAGACCCGCCGUAUCACGCACAUCUCUGCAGAGCAGAAGCGACGUUUUAACAUCAAACUGGGCUUCGACACCCUGCACGGGCUGGUGAGCACACUCAGUGCCCAGCCCAGCCUCAAGGUGAGCAAAGCAACCACGCUGCAGAAGACGGCCGAGUACAUCACCAUGCUGCAGCAGGAGCGCGCGGCCCUGCAGGAGGAGGCCCAGCGGCUGCGCGACCAGAUCGAGGAGCUCAACGCCGACAUUAACCUCUGCCAGCAGCAGCUGCCUGCCACCGGAGUGCCCAUCACACACCAGCGCUUUGACCAGAUGAGAGACAUGUUUGAUCACUACGUCCGCACCCGGACGCUGCACAACUGGAAGUUCUGGGUGUUCAGCAUCAUCAUCCGGCCUCUGUUUGAGUCCUUCAAUGGGAUGGUGUCCACAGCCAGCCUGCAGAGCCUCCGCCAGACCUCACUGGCCUGGCUGGACCAGUACUGCUCCCUGCCUGCACUUCGGCCAACUGUCUUGAACUCCCUGCGCCAGCUGAGCACAUCGACCUGUAUCCUCACAGACCCAGAACGCAUACCUGAGCAAGCCACACGGGCAGUCACAGAGGGCACUCUGGGCACACCUUUAUAG